CCAAAGUGUGGUAGGACUUUGCAUCUGUUGUAGAGCAGCUGAUCGUAUUGCAAAAUGUGGUCUUUGGACCUGGUGGUUGUUUUGUAAGGAAUAUGUCCUCCAGUUGGCAGCACGCCAGUGGCAGCUUUAAGGAAAAUGCUGAGUGAACAUAUGAUGCUGUAAAUCGGUAUGUCACCAGACCCCAAGGCAGAGCACCCUCCUGCCCCGUGCUAGUGGGCAAUUCAGACAUGCUUCUGCAAAUAGCUCCCAGGGUGGGUCUCUCUCAGGCUGAGAAAUGAAAGACAGUUCCAUGGCUCCAAGGAGAGGCAGAAAACUUUAAAAUAAACUCUGCUGAAAUGUGCUGCGAUGACAGACUGCAGCGGUGUGGCUUAAACUGGCGUGCAGAGGCGAAACUUUGACCGGGUCAAAGCUCCUGUCUGAAACUCCCGAGAUAAUCUCUAUUGGCUCAGCAAACAUGGAGCGUUUUCUCUUUCGUCGCGUCCCUUCUGUACUGCGGUCAGUCUGUCUGCGGGGCCGUCGGUGGCUGCUGCACCCUGCGUCCAGCCGCAGUCUCUGCUCGCCCCGGCUGAACAUGCCCACGAGCGCCGCGGAAGUGGCUCGUCCUGUCGGAGUUUGCUCCAUGAUGCGGCUCCCAGUGCAGGAUUCCUCGCAGGGCUUGGACGCUGCCUUUCUGGGGGUCCCUCUGGACAUCGGCACCUCGAAUCGGCCCGGUGCCAGGUUUGGACCUCGACAUAUCCGAGCAGAGUCAGCCAUGGUCAGGGCAUACAAUGGUGGUACUAAGGCAGCCCCUUUCGAAUCUCUGAUGGUGGCUGACAUUGGUGACAUCAAAGUAAAUCUUUAUGACUUGAAGGAGAGCUGCAAGAUGAUCAGGGAAUCCUUUAAGAAGAUUGUAUCCACUGGCUGUAUACCCCUCACCAUGGGUGGUGAUCACACAAUAACAUACCCAAUACUACAGGCAGUGGCAGAAAAAUAUGGUCCAAUAGGAUUGGUUCAUAUCGAUGCACAUGCUGACACAAGUGAUAUUGUCCUUGGGGAGAAAAUAUGUCAUGGAACACCAUUCAGGCGCUGUGUGGAUGAAGGGCUGCUCGACUGCAAACGGGUAGUACAGAUUGGGCUCCGUGGUUCUACUUAUGAACCAGAUGGUUAUCUUUGGGGCCGAGAACAGGGUUUUCGAGUGGUUACUGGACAGGAUUGUUGGCUGCGUUCCCUCACUCCACUGAUGAAUGAGGUGAGACAGCAGAUGGGAGAUGGCCCAGUGUACAUUAGUUUCGAUAUCGAUGGCCUGGACCCAGCCUUUGCACCUGGAACUGGAACUCCAGAGAUCGCAGGUCUUCAUCCCAGUCAGGCCUUGGAAAUUAUCCAAGGGUGUCGGGGAAUGAAAAUAAUCGGCUGUGACUUGGUUGAGGUUGCACCAGCAUAUGAUACUUCUGAUGCUACUCUCUCUUUGAUGCUACACACUCUUUCUACAGAGUAUUUUCAACAGUUUUGCUGUGCCACUUGAAGCUGUUAAAACUCAUUGGAGCAAAAAAAAAGCAGAUACCAGAAAUUCAAAACAAAAAUAGAAAAUGUUUCAGCAAAUCAAGCAGCAACUCUGGAGCAAGAAACAGAGUCAAGGUUUCAGGCUGAUGACCUGCUGUCAGAACUGGAAAUGUGAGUGUGGAGAGAACAGAGCUAAUGUUUGUGACAGGAUGCCAAUCAAAAUAAUGCCAGUACAUUAAAUGCCAGCUAAAGACAGAAGAGAGAAAAACAAAUGCAAACUGAUAAGAUACAGCCACAUUGUGCAGAGAGAGGGAAAAAGGGAUGGUUAAUUGAAAUUGUUAAACAUAACCAGACAGAAGAUGAGGUGACGUCCAAUGCAAGCUUGAGAAAUAGUAACAUAGGAAGUCUAGGCCAAAA